UUUUCAGGUUUUCAAUUCAAAAACAGCUGAACUACUUAGUCAUCAUCAAGUGGAAAUAAAACAAGAGUUCCCAAGAGAAGGAUGGGUGGAACAAGACCCCAAGGAGAUUUUGCAGUCUGUCUAUGAGUGCAUAGAGAAAACGUGUGAGAAACUUGGACAGCUCAAUAUUGAUAUUUCCAACAUAAAAGCUAUCGGUGUCAGCAACCAGAGGGAGACUACUGUGGUUUGGGACAAAUUGACUGGAGAGCCCCUCUACAAUGCUGUGGCUGCUCCAGUUUCUCCUGGCCCUUCAGUUCCAGUUGCCGUUGUUUCCUCUGGCUCUUCAGUUCCAGCUGCUGGUACUUCCUCAGUGUGGCUUGAUCUAAGAACCCAGUCUACCGUUGAGAAUCUUAGUAAAAGAAUUCCAGGAAAUAAUAACUUUGUCAAGUCCAAGACAGGCCUUCCACUUAGCACUUACUUCAGUGCAGUGAAACUUCGCUGGCUCCUUGACAAUGUGAGAAAAGUCCAAAAGGCUGUUGAAGAAAAUAGAGCUCUUUUUGGGACCAUUGAUUCAUGGCUUAUUUGGAGUUUAACAGGAGGAGUCCAUGGAGGUGUUCACUGCACAGAUGUAACAAAUGCAAGUAGGACAAUGCUUUUCAACAUUCAUUCUUUGGAAUGGGAUAAAGAGCUCUGCGAAUUUUUUGGAAUUCCAAUGGAAAUUCUUCCCAAUGUCCGGAGUUCUUCUGAGAUCUAUGGCUUAAUGAAAAUCUCUCAUAGCCUGAAAGCUGGGGCCUUGGAAGGUGUGCCAAUAUCUGGGUGUUUGGGGGACCAGUCUGCUGCUUUGGUAGGACAAAUGUGCUUCCAGGAUGGACAAGCCAAAAACACGUAUGGAACAGGAUGUUUCCUACUAUGUAACACAGGACAUAAGUGUGUAUUUUCUGAACAUGGUCUUCUAACCACAGUGGCUUACAAACUUGGCAGAGACAAACCAGUAUAUUAUGCAUUGGAGGGUUCUGUAGCCAUAGCUGGUGCUGUUAUUCGUUGGCUAAGAGACAAUCUUGGAAUUAUUAAGACCUCAGAGGAAAUAGAGAAACUUGCUAAAGAAGUUGGUACUUCUUAUGGCUGCUACUUUGUCCCAGCAUUUUCAGGGUUAUAUGCACCUUAUUGGGAACCUAGUGCCCGAGGGAUAAUCUGUGGACUUACUCAAUUCACCAAUAAAUGCCAUAUUGCUUUUGCUGCGUUAGAAGCUGUUUGUUUCCAAACUCGAGAGAUUUUGGAUGCCAUGAAUCGGGACUGUGGAAUUCCACUCAGUCAUUUGCAGGUGGAUGGAGGAAUGACCAGCAAUAAAAUUCUGAUGCAGCUACAAGCAGACAUUCUGUAUAUUCCAGUGGUGAAGCCCUCCAUGCCAGAAACCACUGCAUUGGGUGCCGCCAUGGCAGCAGGGGCUGCAGAAGGAGUUGGCGUUUGGAGCCUCGAGCCUGAGGAUUUGUCAGCGGUCACAAUGGAACGGUUUGAACCUCAGAUCAAUGCUGAGGAAAGUGAAAUUCGUUAUUCUACGUGGAAGAAAGCUGUGAUGAAAUCAAUGGGUUGGGCUACAACUCAGUCUCCUGAAAGUGGUGACCCUAGUAUCUUCUGUAGUCUGCCUUUGGGCAUUUUUAUAGUGAGUAGCAUGGUAAUGUUAAUCGGAGCAAGGUACAUCUCAGGUAUUCCAUAAAUAAUACCAACUCAUGGAUUCCCAAGAUGCGACCUUUAUCCAUAAAGAGAGAAUCCAGCAAUUCUGUCUCUUAACGUGAUUACACUAUUCAUAGACUCUGAUUUUAUGUACAAGCCACUUGCUGCAUGAUCCUCCCAGUAGAUCUGUGGCUUGAAAUAAAAAAAAAUGCAGCAGAAAGAAUGCUACAGAAACAUCUGGUGUGUUUUUUAACAUUGACACAAGAUUGGGCUGGCCACCUUUGGGGCUGACACCCUCCAUUGUCAUAACAUCCUGCCGUAUUUCCUCUAAGGUCUAGAA